AGGACUCCUAUUAUUGCGUGCGCAUCAUCGAGUUCGUCCUGAUGUGGAUCUGGAUAAUUCACAAGCAGGAGACGGCGGACGAGGCGGCACUCGACGGCGGGUCCGCAGCGUGGCUCGAUUGCGAGGCGCUCGCCUUGCUGAGCACGCUGGGGCUGUACGUCACGCUGCCCUGCGUUUGGAAGGUGGCGCGGAAGCACGAGCUCUCGCGGGACAUCAACCAUUGGGACGACGACCAGGACGAAUUCAGAGACGGCCUGAACGCUGACAAUUCGGACUCGGACAUAGACUCAGGCUCCGAGCCGGAGAGGGCCGGGCACUCCGGCGCCGAUGAGCUGCCGCGCGAGUGAUGGGGCCGCCCCGGCGGCCUGCGGCCAGCGCAGCGCCGGCCGGCUCGGGCUCCUCCCUCGAGGGAAGAAGCCUCUCUGCUGUCCCUCGAUCCUCGCUCGCCCCGCCCCGUGCCCCGUGCCCGCCUCCCCGUGGCUCCCGGCGCGACGCUGGCCGCGGAGCCGAAUUCUUGCACGCGAUUGGCUCGGCAGCUCCAGUCCGCUCGAUGGUCUGGGCCUCCCAGACGGGGUCCGAGCGGCACCCGACGUGUGAGUGUCACUGCCGCUCGGUGCCUGUGCCGAUGCCCGCGCUGUUACUCUAGGACAGAAUCUCGCGGGCUGCGGAGCAGAAGCCAUCGCGUGGCGCUCUGCUUCACCUCUCCUCGUCGGCGUGCGCGCUCACCUGCGAUCGAGGCUCAGGAGCGAUGUGCAGUUGGUUCG